AUGACCGCAGCCAACUCUGGCUUUGCCGCCCAACAACAGCAGCAGCACCACCACCAACAACAACAACAACAACAGCAACAACAGGACGCCUUCGACCCCAUGCCCAACGUCGCCAUUCACCACCACCACCACCACAACCACCCCGCUUCCACCUUCCCACAGAUGCAUCACCACCAGCAAUCCAACAGCUUUUACGCCUCUUCGCACGCCUCCGCAUCCUCCUCCUCGCUCGUCGACCAGCUCAGCGACCACGAAUCCUCCUACUCCAACUCGUUCGAGCCGCACGCAGAUGGCAGCUUCCCCGCACAAUCCUCCGGCCGAUCCGGUCCAGGCCCUUCCUCCUCCUCCCAGGGAUUCCCCUGCCCCAACUGCGGCAAGGCUUUCGCUCGCGACGAUCUCCUCCGUCGUCACCUCGCAAGAGAGGCGAGGGCACUGGCUCAGCCCUCCUUCGAUCGUCAGAAGAGCUGCUACGAAUGCGCAAGAUCAAAGGCUCGCUGCGACCUCGAAGUUCCCACCUGCGGCAGAUGUCGCGCUCGCGGCAAGCAGUGCCAGUACGCUCCGCGCUCCGGCAAUCCCAACGUCAGGAAGGCUCGCAACGUCGGCGUCAUCCACAACACCACCCUUGACCCGCACGUCCACUCCAUGACCCCGCAAUUGCACCCCGCCGUGCCUCCUGCCAUGCCGCAUCCCAUGCACAACGCCACUUGGCCCAUGCAGACGCCCGACUUCAACAUGGCCUCCGCCGCCUUCAUGACGCCCAAUCCCAACUACGCCAACCGCGACGCAGAGGUCGACUACGACAGCCAGAGCGAGAGCGAGCACCACUCCUGGCACGAUCCCGCCUCCUCCGCCUCCGGUUCCGCCCUCGGCUCCCCGCGCUCCCAGCACAGCAUCGCCACCCAGCCCGACUCGGCACCACCCAACCUCGCCAACUUUAGCAUCUCGGCUGCCCCGGCCCCAGCCGCCGCCUCCUACGCCAAUGUCGCACCACCCAUCCGCACCGAAUCCCCGCACUCCUUCCACGACCUUCACCUCGACUCGGACGCGGCUCCCGCGCCUCCCAGAAUGCCCGCAAGAAAGUCGAGCGGAUUCUCUCGCACCAACACCGGCCCCAUCGUCACCAACAUCGACCGCGCAAACGUCGCCUUUGCAAACGACGAGGGCGAGGAGACGCCCAUCGUCCGCCUCAACAACCACCUCGCCACCGACGCAUCCAAGUUGCACACAAACGCCAACAACAACUUCCUCGCAGCUCCUCACUCGCGUCACAGGACAACCAGCAUGCCCGAAGCCGUCGAGGAAGACAUGCACGAGCCCUGGCAUCAGCGCUCCCAUGCGCCCCAAAAUGCCUUCGAUACCCCAGCCUCCUCGCGCCAGCAGCUACACCCAGCCUCGGCAAACAACGCCAUGAUGCCUCCGCCCAGGCCACCCACCCUCAUCACCUCGAAUCUCAACAAUCGUAGUGCCUGGCCCAACCCUUCCCCCAUCCGCUCCGCUGUCUUUCAGCACGGCAUCGACCUCUCCGGCUGGCUCGCAGAACCCGUCGUCCCCUCGCCCCUCUACCGCAUGGGGCCCAGCCUCCACUCGGCCAUCAGCGGCAACUUUGCCGCCAUCUCCCACUCGCCCGUCGUCGACACGCCCAUCUCGGCCAAGUUCGCCGCCUCCCUCGCACACACCAUGGGCCUCUCCACCAACCCUGGCUUUUUGCCAAUGUUCCAGGAUCCCAACGCCGCGCCUUCCGCCACCGCAACAGCCGCCACAGCCGCCACAGCUGCAGCCGCCGGCGCCAACAGCCAUCCACUCAGUCGCUCCCUCUCGGACUCCAACACGCCGCCUCAAUCGCGCUACGACUGCGAUGGUCAGCUCGUGCUGCCAGCACCGCAGCUUCCCAGCGCAAAGCAGUGGUGGAUCCAGCCCGACCAGAGCGGCGAGGUGGCCGCUUCCAUCGCACAGGCCAGCGCCGCCCACUUUGUCUCGUAUCCGGCGCUCAUCGUGCUCACCGACCCCACCGCGCCCAUCCCGCCCUUUAUCCACCGCAAGUGGCUCCAGGAGAACCGCGCCAGUGUGCCCGAGUCGCUCGCAAACGCACGCUCCAUCCUCGCAGGCUACUACGUCAGGCUGCCCGCAAGCCAGUCGCUCAUCUGGAGGUUGAUUUCCGAACAGAUCCGCCUCAUCGUGGCCGACAAGCCUCAGCUCACCGCCGCCAACGCCGACCCCGUGCCCGUGUUUGGCGCCGUUGCAGCGCUCUGGAUGUACCUCGUGCUCAUCGUCUUUACCGACGAGCCGGCCAUCACGGAUCACGUCAGCGCCGAGCUGCUCGACGAGGCCUUGCUCGUACUUUCCGACGUUUCGCAGGCGCUGCUCGCGCACGCCGUGCGCGCAUGCGAGGCGGCGAGCCAGCAGACCACGCCCAGCCUCGCAACGUUUGGCUGGAUCGAGACCAUGGUGCGUACACUGUUUGCGUCUUAUUCGCUGCUGGUGCUCCAACGCUUCCGCGAGAAUGCGGGGAAUGCACGCGAGCGUCUCGCCGGCUGCUCUCUCAUCCUGGAUCUGCCAUUGCCUGCUGCUGCGGGCGAGUUUGAGGCGGACAAGGAAGCCGACUGGAUGCAGGCGCACACCGCCAACCAAAACGCACUUUCGGAAGCAGGCGCACCCUUUGUCAGGCCCACUCUGAGACAGCUCGUGCAGCUGCGAAACGAGGCUGUGGGUGCGGCGGCCGACGGACAGAGCGACAGUGUCAAGGACGAGCUGUGCGACCUCCCCUGGGCCUGCACGCUGUUCGACCACCACGACGAAUUCACCAAUGUCGUCCUGUCGGUGGCAUUCGCCCUCGACGAUACCCGAUUGUAG